UGUUAGUACGGCUCGUUCGAUAGUGCUGCAUAUGAAUUGCUCUUCUGGCGUCUCAUUUCACAGGAAGUGUACGGAAGUGUCACCUGGCAUGCUGCAAAGCGGCAUUAGAGAUCAGGGAUUGUGUUACCGGCGGGCUGCUGAGAAUGAUCAAACCGUACAAGAACUGAUUUAGUUUUGAAAAUCAACCACAAAUCACUGUGACAUUGGUUCAUCAUCUUCAGUUACUGUAAAUCCCUUCAAGAAAAGCUAGGGUUAAGACGAUGGAGCCAGAACAGACUGACAAUCGGGUUGUUAACGGUGUAACCUCAGACAAAUCAGCUAUUGCCGCAAAUGUCAGGCAAUCAAGCGACGACGGAACCGAACAACAGCCGACCCGAGGGACAGAUGUGGCCCGGGCUCGGUGGACCAUUCUUCGGCAGGUGCUGAAACAGAAGCAAGUGGACAGUGGGAAGGUGCCGCAGGUGUCCGUGCGAAGGUUCUCCUCUUUCAGCUUGUUCUCCAGGAGCAGGGUCAUGACCCCCGACCCUGAUGACCCCUCCGAGGGACAGUGGGUCGAGUACCGAAGUGCCUCCUCUCCUCAGUACAGUGCCUUCCUCAGAGACAACCUCGGACCUAUCAGAGUAACUGAGGUGCUCAACAGCUUUGACAACACCGGAAAUGUCUGUGUUUGGCCAUCAGAGGAAGUGAUGGCCCACUACUGCCUAAAGAAGCGACAUAUGUUCAGGGGUCUUUCUGUUUGUGAGCUGGGUGGAGGGAUGACAUGUCUUGCUGGGCUUAUGAUUGCGGUUUGUGCUGACGCCAGAGAAGUCAUCCUAUCAGAUGGAAACGAGAAGGCCAUUCAGAACGUGCGCAGCGUGAUCGAGAGGAAUCGACGAGCGGGACUCUUCACCUGCACUGACGUCUCCAGCCGGGUGGUACGAUGGGAUAGUGAGAGUGAUGUGUCUGCGCUGGAGAGCUGCUUCGAUGUGGUGAUGUGUGCUGACUGCCUGUUUCUAGACCAGUACAGAGGGAGCUUAGUAGAUGCUGUGAGAAGAUUGCUACGACCCAACGGUACAGCACUAGUGUUUGCCCCUCCACGUGGUGAGACGUUGGCCCAGUUCCGAGGCCUGGCAGAGAGGGCUGGGUUUCAGGUGCGCCAGUACCUCAACUACGACCAGGAGGUGUGGGACGUCCACAUCGGGAUGCAGAGAGAAGGAAAGGACUCGUACGACGAGAACAUCCACUACCCCCACCUCCUCACGCUCACUCAGGGGUGCGACCAGACCCCUCUACUCUGAGGUUCGGGGGCAUGGCUUUCACCUCGUGCCACCCCCUGCCCACCGAACCACCACCGCCACCAUGCCACCAUCUCCACCUCCACGCCAGCUGUGCCACUUUGCCCAGGAUCGGGGGGUUUGCUCACCUUGCUCACAGAUUGCUUCUACUUUGAAAAGUUCACCUCACCUGCAGUAAAUGCUAUUGCGGUGGCACAGAUACCUGGGUCAAAUUAUUUAUAUUUUGUUUGUUUUAAGAUUAACUGUUCGGUGACACUUUAUUUUCAUAGCCAAUUUGAGCCCAGCACUACAUGUUAGUCCAUAGUGCAUCAUCUAUAAACUAGGAAAUAGCUCUCAAAUUCUCUCCUAGCUGCCAGGUGGUAAUCCUAACCCUAACCCUAAUCUCAAGCCAAACCUGAUCUUCACCUCAUACCUCCCACAAACACAAACUCAAACCCUAGCCUAAACCUUGGCUAGUGUCUUACCCAAACCCUGACCUAAGCCUAAGUCCUCACUGUCAAUAAUAACAAAAAAGUACGGCUAUUGAAAUAAAGUGGGACCAGGUUUACAGAGAGUUUGAGAGAGUAAAAAAAACGAAACGUCAGCCACCUUACGUUUCAUAGUUUAUCGUUAGGCUUUAUCAGUGAAACGUAAGGGGGCUGUUUUGUGAAUGGGCUUUAUCAGUGAAACUCAAGGGGGCUGUAUUGUGAAUGGGUUGUGAGGAGUUAAACUGGGCAGGGACUGAAAAAGCAGGAGAGAUCCACCCACUGUUGGAGCUGUGGUGGAUCUGUGCUCUCCAGUGCCACUACAUUUGGGGUGUCACACUUAAUCUGUGUGUGUGUGUGUGUGUGUGUGUGUGUGUGUGUGUGUGUGUGUGUGUGUGUGUGUGUGUACGUUUGUACGUGUGUGUGUGAACGUACGUGUGUGUGUUUGUGAAGGUACGUGUGUGUGUGUGUGUAGUUUUUUUAGAGGGCUUUGGCUGGGCACUGUGUACCUCAGAGUUUUGAUUGAUUCUGUUUAGACCAGAUCCAUUUUCUGUCACUGUGUCAAUGUGUCUGCUUCUCUCUGUCGGUGACAUCUGCCCUGUUACUAUGCAGUGAAGGGGAUGUUCAAAAUAAUGUGCGAUGUGCUAAACCAAAGGGUUGCAGAGUUUCUCCCUUCCACCACCGACCUGUUUACAUACAUACACACACACACACACACACACACACACACACACACACACACACACACACACACACACCCACACCCACACCCACACACUCACCCACCAAACCUAACAGGAUAUUUUCAGAGAUAAGCUCUCUUCUCGCUGAAGCAACCAGACUUCAGUUCCUGGUGUUAUGGGUGAGGCGCUGAUUCUGUGUUUCACUGUGACCCAGGAACCACUCACACACUUGGUAAAAGUCAGCAGCAGACAGCUGGGUUUGUUUUUGUUUCAAGAAAGAGCCAAAAGUGUGAAGGAGCACAGCCCACGUUACACACGGCUGAAGCGCUGCUGCACUGGUGUGUGUGUGUGUGAGUGGACGUCUAUGGCCUGAACCAGUCUCCACUGUUUAUAGCAUUGUGUUUGAAUGCACAUCGGUUUGCUCUCCUCACUGAUCACCCAGAGCACAUAGUAAACAAGUUUCAGUGUUUGCAGACAGGUGAAUUAAAUCAUCAUGCAGGAUUACGGAUAUUUACCAUUACAGAUAUAUAUAUAUAUAUCCACGCGCACAUAGCUGGAAUACCUCAAGUGAUGAUAAUAAUAAUAUGUUGUUGAUGCUCUCUCUCUCUUUCUCUCUCUCUCUCUCUUUCUCUCGCUCUGUCGCUCUCUCUCUGGUGUGCACCCCAUGUUUGAUUAACCCUUUGAAGACCUUGGUCACUGUUUGCGUCCAGCAGCACCUCACGGGCUCAUAUCAGUGUUACAGCUGCUUACGGUGCCUACAUAGGGCUGUGGCUGCGGCACCUCACGCACUGUGUGUUGGACUGAUUACCUUAGAUUUCCUUUUUUUUAUUUGACGCUUUAAAAAUGUCGAUUUCCUGAAAAUGGUUGUUUUAAAGUGAUGCAUCAGGUGGUUGUUAAGACUGUGAAAUAAAGUGCUAUUUGAA